CUCGCGAACGUAGAGCAGCAGAGGCAAGCGAGCAGAGCGAGGAGCCAGUGGGGGAGGGUCACGUGUGUACACAGUGUGGGGCUCAGCAGCACUCCAGCAGUAGUAAAGUCUGAAACGGACGGCCCCUUUUCAGAACAAGCCUCGUCCGAAAAGUUGAUAGAGGAUUUCUGUCUGUACAGACGUGCAGUAAAAACCGCUCUUCUCUCUGCUUUGGGGGGUUUAUGGGCGCGAGGAGGGUCGAAGUGCGAGAUUUUGGACGUGUGUUUGUCAAAUGAAACGACUGAGAAAUGGCAGUGGAAAUGCUACAUCCAAACCCUAUGCCUCCGUAGGUGAAACCCAAAGCUAUACGUGCCUGGUGAGUUUUUUUCCUCCGCUCGCUGUUAUUUUAACCUGAAACGUGACGCCUUUGAUUUGAUUUGCACUUCACAGCGAUAGAAAAGUUGAUUUGCUCCGCUUAAACUGGCUCAGUGCGACGGAGUAACUUCGCUGUAGUUGUGCCAACAAUAGCAGCAGAAACGGCAGGGUUACUGUUGAAGCCGUGACAGCCGUCCACGCUUUGAUCCGCGCAGUCAAGUGUGAUGGAGAGACACAAUGUCCGCAAUGAUGAAUAGACAGGGCGAGAGAUAGGCUGCACUUUACACAGCUACAGCGGGUCUAUUAUCGGAAAAUAACACCUGAGGAAAAUUCGGAUCAGCUUUCUGAGAGCCCUAUCACUUAAAUCAGAUGACUUCACUUGCAAAAGGAGCAAAGUGUAGUUGCAAGGUUGAAUAGCUCGUCCAUAUGUCUGUAUUUUGUUGAGUUGACAUCUGCCAAAAGCUCAUGAGAUGUCAUUCCAGGUCUGGGAAUUAUGCAAUCGUUGCUAGGCUGAAAAUAAAGGCAGUCAUGUUUACUUAACUCAGAUAUUUACUAAAAUCACAGCUCAUCGAGGUGUUAUUACUGAUUUAUGUCAUUGUUUUUUUUUAAGUUAUUCAGAAGAUACUAGAUCACUCAAACCUGAAAUAGAAACAGAUGACCUUAGUUUCUCACCAUAGCCUUAACAUCCACCUGACCCUAAUUCACAUCAGCCACCAGGCCAAGUUAUUGUUCCCUUUGGCCUGAAAUGACUGUAAAGUAAAUGCUUCUUGAGAUUGAGCCUUUCCACUUGAUGUCCUCAGCCUCGUCCAUGUGACCGAAUGGGACAUGGGCAUGUGUGCCGUGGCUUAAAGGAAGUAAGCCUGCUUUGUGCUGACCAUUGAACUCUGACUUUGUUGAUGCCUGUGACAGUUCAACAUGUUGUUGGAAAAGAGGCCAAAGGAUACUGUCCAGACUGUCUCCUACACUAGAAGUUGAUUUGACAAGACGCUGUUUUUCUACUGCAAAGCUACUGUGUUUUGUUUUGUUUUCUGCAGGGAUUCAUCGAUAAACUCAGAGAAAGUGUUGGCAGGUAGCUGAUUGAUCUGUAUGUAAAGUUUUUGACAUAUUCCACUCUUAUACUUAAACUAUCUUGCCGACAAAGAAGAAAAUAAAAGUGCGGUGGUGACUCAUUUCUCUUCAAGCAGAUAUUGUUUGGGGCAGAAUUAUGUAAAAUGCCUACACAGAAAUUGAGUCACCGUCAAGUAUUUAAAUCCCCUCUGAGGGCUUAGUAAUUUUAAUUUGCAAAAUGUUAUGCAGCAUUAGCAAGCACCUGAAGUCAGAUCUCCCAAUAAUACUCUCGGUUAAUAGGCUGCUUCCCAAGAAUAAUAGGCAGCUGAGGAGUGAGUGGAACCAGGAAAGAUUCUUGAAUGAAAUAUUUACAUCAUAAAGGAAGCUGAACUUUCAAUGACACACCGUAAGUUAGGUGAAGGUGUUGUGCAUCAAGCAUCAUGGUGUUUUAGUUUGCCUCUGUCACUGCAACACUUGUACUUGUGCGUCAUUUCGCCUCACUUUCUUUUUGUGGUGUUUUUUGUUGUCGCUUUGCUGCAUGCUGCUGCAGGCUGACAGGAGUGGCAAAUCAUGUGACAUCACUCUUUCUACUUUCUUUCUGAGAAGCGCCAGUAAAUUCCAGUAAGGGAAUAUGAGGGGUGUGGGCCCAGCAUGUCACACUAUUCCCAUCAGCGCACGAGAACUGGCUUCAAAACGCUGAGACGUCAAGCACGUGGGCGUCACUGCUACGAGAUCAUGUUUGGUGGGGCUGGAGCAUGCUGAAGCAGGACCCACCCCCCCUCUGGGAACAUUUAACAUAACUACUUUUGACAUGCAGCAGGGCAAGAAGUUCAGAGGGGGCUUAUCCGAGUCUAGGACUGCAGUCGAAGUCAUGUAAGAGACACUCAGCAAGGAUUAUUCUUUAUGUUGCCCUCUUCGCUUGAGUUCAGCCACGUCAUUUCAGGUUAGGCAUCUUUACAGGAAACUGCUGAAGCUGUAAAACUCCUGGUUUACAUUUCACGUGCACUUGAUUAUAGCUGAAAAUAAAAUGAAUUUUAUUGUUAAUAUAACAUCAGCGAGUCUGAUUUUGUUGACGUUUUUCGCUGGUAUCAACCUAAAGAUCAAAGUUCUGGUAUCAUGAUGACUUCCGGUCUGAUUUCAGUGACUCGACUUCCUGCUAUCAAUCUUAUCAGCGACAGUAUUUCUCAUAAAGGAAACCUUGGCCUGGUAUUCACUUUAUUGAAUUACUGGAAGUGCCAGACCCUCUAACCUGGUUCUAAAGUAGUCCAUAGGUCCUCAGAUUGAUCAGAUCAACACCCAUUUUUAUGCAAAAGUCUGCUAUUUCUACCUGAUUUGGUUACAGCUUUAAACAGACAUCCUCCUUGGUUUAUCAUGAGUUCCUUUCUAAACGACAGUGUUGUCUGUGUGGGUUGAAGCUAGAGCCAAAUGCAUACCCACAAUAUUACAGCUUACAUUAAAGACCUGAAAUUACAAAGUGAAGCUGACAAUAAAGCAAAAUUCAAUCCCUGCAUUUGGGAAACUAUGACCACAGCUGUCAUUACUUCUAAAGCCUUAGGUAGAUCACAAGCGUUAGUAGCAGUUUUAUGUGUGUAGCAGACCUCUGACCUUCACUCAGCCCUUAUAAAACCUCCACCAGUGUUUCUGUCUGAAUCUGAAAUGCACUUGACAUAAAACGGUCCUCAUGACUCUGAAUAGAAACCGAAACAGCUUUUGCAGUAUGAGGCCAAACAUCCAGACUCAGGGGGAGAGACAUUUUCUUUCACCUCGCCUGUUUGUUGCUCAGCUGAGUGGAAAAGUAGAGAUUUUAUUAUCAUGGGCUGUUGGCAGAAUAUACAGCGCCACAGUGGUCUGACUCUCACAACAAAGUAGGAGUUGCCCCACCAGGGAAUUGAUGCAGACAUCACAGCACUAACUGUGGAUGCACACAGGCUGGGUAUGAAAAAUCUGAAUUAAGUGUUGCAGCUGAACGUGCUUGCCUUCCUCAAAUACAGACUUUUCAAAUACAACUCUUUUCAGGACAGCUAACCUGAGAAUUUUGCAAAACUACUCAUGCACACAUGACACUCACAGUGUUUAGAUUCCCCUGGAAGGAUGGCGUAAGAUGGACUGUGCAGUGUUUACGAGACAGAUUUUUGCCUUAUGAUGCACGUAUUGUCGUUUCUUACGCAACAAUACUACAGGUUGUUAGGGGUGGGAGAUAAAAAAGUUGAUACAGAAUAGUAUUGCGAUAUUUUGUCUGGUGAUAUAUCGUAUCGUCUCAUUUACCAAGUACCUAUUUUUCAAAUUAAUUUCUCAUAUGAAGUCAAAUCUUUGAUAAUGGAAAAUAAAAUCAACUGUUUGUCCAGUAAGGAUUGGCAGAAGUGACAUCAUAGAGCAGGAGGAAGUUAGUACAGCAAAUAUAUACAAGGUUUGUGAGAUGUGCUACGUAAAAAUAAAAUACUGUGUAAAUAAGACAAACAUAAAGGAAAGCCAAAUGCUAAAUUAGCGAAACAGUUGUAAAAAAAUUUGAAUCGCAAUAAAUUGUAUCACAAUACUUACUAUAUUAAAAAAUGUUAAAAAUUGCAAUAAUAUUGUAUCGUGGCCCAAGAAUCACGAUAAAAUCGUAUCAUGGCCCAAGUAUCAUGAUAAUGUCGUAUUGUGGCCCAAGUAUUGUGAUAAUAUCGUAUUGUGGCCCAAGUGUCAUGAUAAUAUCAUAUUGUGGCCCAAGUAUCAUGCUUAUAUUGUAUCCUGGCCAAAGUAUCAUGAUAAAUUUGUAUCGUGGCCAAAGUAUCAUGAUAAUAUCAUGUUGUGGCCCAAGUAUCCUGCUAAUAUUGUAUCGUGGCCCAAGUAUCACGCUAUCGUAUAGUGGCCCAAAUAUCACGAUAAAAUCGUAUCGUGGCCCAAGUAUCAUGAUAAUAUUGUAUUGUGGCCCAAGUAUCAUGAUAAUAUCGUAUUGUGGCCCAAGUAUCAUGCUAAUAUCGUAUCGUGGCCCAAGUGUCAUGAUAAUAUUGUAUCGUGGUCCAAGUGUCAUGAUAAUAUCGUAUUGUGGCCCAAGUAUCAUGCUAAUAUCGUAUCGUGGCCCAAGUAUCACGCUAUUGUAUUGUGGCCCAAGUAUCAUGAUAAUAUUGUAUUGUGGCCCAAGUAUUACGCUUAUCGUAUCGUGGCGCAAGUAUCAGGAUACUAUUGUAUCAUGGUCCAAGUGUCAUGAUAAUAUUGUAUCGUGGCCCAAGUAUCAUGAUAAUAUUGUAUCGUGGCCCAAGUAUCGUGAUAAUAUUGUAUCGUGGCCCAAGUAUCGUGAUAAUAUCGUAUUGUGGGGCCACUAGAGAUUCCCACCCCUACAGGUCGUGCACUGCUUGCAUGAUAUAAACACCUCCACCCACUUGCUUACAGGGAAUUUUCGUGCCUUUUAUCAGCUGUGUUUUCAUCCGAGUUCUUAAAAAAAAUUCAAGCCUGUCUUCAAUAAACAUUCCAUGCAGCUCAGCAAACACAACUUCACAGUUUAAUUCCGAUUGUGGUCUUUUUUCAGGCAGUACAGCUGUCUCCUUGAAUUCUGUUAUUAAAUCUGGCUGGUUUUUAAAGAAUGAAAGAUGAAUGCUCUGAUGUUUACAUGUCUUAAUUUUGACAUGUCCAGAUGCGGGAAACUCCAGGAUUUCAGUUUCCAGUGUUUAGCACUCAAACUAAGUGUCAACUUUUUCCUGUAUCUCAUCACUUUUUCACCAUUUUCAGCAUCUUGUGUGAAACAUUGGUCUGUAUCCGUGUGUAUGAAACAGGAAUUUAAGCCAGUAGUCCCCACAAAACCCAUGACUCCAUUAUAACGCAGACAUGUCAGCAUCCUGCAGCUAUCACGGUCUGCACAGGGGGCCAAUGUGGUAAUGAAAGGGUGGCCGACAUGUCUGAAUACAGCAGGUGCUAAUGAAUGAGAACAGGCAGCCACAAUGCAGAGCUCUCUCUUUAAUUAUCACCAACUUCUCUUAAAGUCAUUUUCUCCUUAAGAGAUCAGUGGUUGCUGGAUGAGAAAGGGGCGAGAAAAACCUGUUUCAAUCUGCAUCACUGUCAGGAAAAGUCUCUUGAGUUCUCCAGAACUACAGAAAACGGGACUUCUCUGUUAUAGUAAGUGAGUCACUGUGUUUACAAGAAGUCUGACUGCUGUCGUUUUUGUGUAACUUUAAACUUUCCUCCUCCUGAUCCUGCUCCAGUCCAGCUCUGAGCUCCAGCCCCCACUAUAGUCUCAUUACAGCCAAUUGGAUUAGUACAGAGGAGGGACUGAGCCUCUGUGUCCCUAUAUGUGUGUGUGUGUGUGUGUGUGUUUUUGUGUGUAUAUGUGUCUGAGGCUUAAGGCCAAAACAGCCCCUCUGUAGUGGCGUUACGUAAGGGAACAGAGGAACGCUUUCCUUUUACUGGCAUUGUUACUCAUCCUCCCCAAAACAAGACAGAGCAUUGCACUAUGAAGAAAGGAAGGUAGGCAGGAAGGAAGGAAGGAAGGAAGGAAGUAAAGAAAGUAAUACAGCAAAGUGUUUUUUUAAGCCCUUCAUUGGUCUUCUCUGCUUCGACAUUUUAUGAUAUUAAAAAGGACCUGCACGUACUUUGAUCUAAGCUUUUUGGCUUCGUCAGAUUUCAUCACUUACGCUCCAGACAUGUGCGUGAUCAUUUUCUCUGACCUUGCCCUGAACCCCAACCCCCGACCGGGUCCUCACUGACCCUCAGCCAGAGCCUGCGUCACAUUUCACUCUUUAUAAAUCUACCCAUCACCACGUGCCCAGCCCCCGUCAGUGUGACAGUAACCUGAACAGGAGGUGCCCGUGCUUCACUCGCAGCAGUCUGAGAAGUGUUUUUCUUUAUCUGUCUGCUCCGGUGUGUGAAGAGAGAAAAGGGUCAAUUAAAAGCUUGCUAAGGCAUGAAACACUUGCUCUGGCCGGGAUAGCUCUCAAACUGGAGUGUUGAGUUUUGAGGCUGAGCCAGCAAAUGAAACAUAUUGUGAGGGGUUUGUUUUCAGCCAGUCAGAUGCAGUGAAGUGAAAUUAACAGUGUUACACAGAGCGUAAUAGGCAUUCCUGGGCUGAUGUGUUUUUGUGUCAAGGCCUCGCCUGCUUCUCCUUAACAGAAAAUGAUAACAGCUGAAUUUGACUCAUGGACACAUUUAUGGUUUUGUGUUGUUUUCACAUGACCUUAAGAAGACUGAGACUAAAUCCCACUGAUAGAUUGAUUACUUUUGGCUGUCGUGUGAAGCACUGUCAACCUUCCUGUGGUAUAAAUCAUAAUAAGAAGCAUUUAAAAAGUCAACAACAGAUACCAGUUUGAAAUGAUUCGCGGGAAAUAUGUUAGAGAAAACCAGAAGAGCUGUCAGAGCUGUCAUAUAACACAUAUAGGUGUGUCCCUAGGCCUGGGCCAUUUGGCAAAAGAAAAACAUCAUGAUAAAAUUUGUCAUAUCGUCCGAUCUUAAUUAUUAUUAUAACUUUUUUUUAAACUGCCAGUUUUAAAGCAUCUGUACUGAAAACUAAAGAAACUAGAGAGUUUCAACAGUUCAACAUUUUAUUUACAUACACAGUAAGUAACAAAGCAAAUUGAAUAAAAUAUGCUUAGAAAAAUAUAAAAACCAUUUUAACUCAACAAUACAACACAGGGUUUUUCCUGGCUCAAAUUGAGGCGGAGGUGGCACCAUCCUGACCGUGCGCCACGACGUGCAUGUAUUUGUAAAUUCAACCGAUUCACUUUCUUUUACAGGCAACAUACGUUAAGUUAAGAGUUCAAAAAAAGAGUGUGACCAUUAUUAUGUUAAAGCAUUCAUUUAUUAAAACUAUAUACAUACACAAAUCAGCUGGCAACUUUAAAUUGAAAGUACACUUCAUCCACACAUCUCACAACCAGACAGAACAUUUCAGCCUCCUCUUUUUCAUUCUGUAGAACCUCCUCAUGCACUCCUUGUAGUCCAAGGCCUCCUGGUCUGGUCCAUCAACGGCCACCUUACAACAGACAUCCAAGUGCCUCUCCUUCAGUCUGUUCCGCAGAGGUGUCUUCACCUUAAACAAAACAGUUCAUCAUGCAUUAAGUAUUUUUGUUUUUAUUCUGAUACAGACAUGAAGAGUGAUAGUGUUUUCAAUCAUAUAUAUGUAUACGCUGCAGUGUCCUCUCUAAAAAAAAAAAAAAACGACAACCAAUUAUUUCUUAAACUAUCUAAACUAUGUUAUUUAUUUUUUGUAACUUUAUUAGUUGAGUUUUUUUAGGUACUACCAUCUUUAAUAUAUUUCUCCUUCUCUUCUGCUGCUUUGUGAAUGGCUGUCACCUCAUGUCUUUUUAAUGUGUCCAGCCCUUAGUUGGUUGAUGGCUGUCUCACUAAGGAGGCAGCAAUUGCCUGCUGUGUUGGGGCACAGUGCUUUUGGCAUAAAUAGCAGUGCAUGCCUUCCUCAGUAUGCCUGAGCCAGGUAAAUUGAUUGAGCCACUGCUUGUCAAAGCCACUGGCUCUGUGUUUUUGAGAAGAUCUGGAAAGAGGAAUAAAAACCACGUACACGUUGGCUUUGCGUUGUUAUGCUCCUAAUUGAAAACUAAUUAAUUAAUUACCCUCGCCUCGCCGACUCGUCCUGUCCUGCAUUCUGACCCUCGCGAUCACCAGUCCCUUGUGAAGUACUUUCAGACCUGACACAAAUUUCCACGUUGUCACCAACAUGAAUUAUAGCAUUUUAACUGCCUGUUACGUUUUUUCUCUGCUGUGUUUCACCUGGACUCUUGACUUUCCUCCUCGCGAGGUCGCUUUUUAAAGUACUGGCUGAUUUUGCCUGUCAUAUCUGCAACGCUAAAAACGGAGUAAACUUUUUUUUUAAAUAAACACGACAUGCUUGGAUGCAAAAAAGAGAAGCAGUAUUUACCUGUUUGUACCAUCCGCCAGGGAAAAUCAGGACGCCGAUAGCACCAACUAGCGGGAAAAACACUUGAAAAAACAUGAUUCGAUCCGUUUCUUCUUCGGUAGAUGCUUCAAGUCUUUCCGGUGCACUGCUGUUGAUAUAGCGCCUCUAUAGUGGCGAAACGCUGCAACUGCAGUUAAAAUACGUUGCUGCUGCAUCGGGACAUCAAUCGCUCAAUCAACACAGCUGGAGCUUUACGCUGUGUUGAGCGAAAUCAAUCGCUCUGACUGGGGGCGGCACAAAAUUAGGUGGAGGCGGCCGCCACGCAAUUUUGAACGCAGGAAAAACCCUGCAACAUAUAUAGAUAAAUUCUAAAUAAUACAGUGAAUUAGUUUACAGGUCAGAGUGUUUUUGCAGGUAUGCAAGACCCAAAAUAAACAAAUUGCCCCCUAAGAGAUAAUGAAAAUGCAUUAAAAUGUAAACAUUAGAUGAUGUAAACAUAGAUGAUGCGAUUUAUUGCCGCUUUGGUCUGGUGGCUGCACCGCUAGUUGUGGCUAAACUGCUAAUGCUACUUGUGCCGUCAGCAGUGGCAGGCUGUGCAGACUCCGCUCGCAUUUUCAUGCUGUUCACAUAAUCACUCAGGAAGUACUUCUUCAAAUGAUUAAACAGAUUUGUUGUGUUGCCGGUUUUUGAGGGCGCCGCUGACAUACCUCGCACAUCGGCUUAAUUGCUUGACGUCACUAUGGAGAUACCCGAACCGCCACCACAUAACUGAUGUUGAGUAACUUCUCAACAGUAAGAUCUUCGGAGAAUAACUCAAAGUCACGGCUGACAUCUAUUCUGCUGCACUCAGCUCUGUGUUUAGCCCCACGUUCGGUCAUUCUGUUUACUUCUCCAGCAACUUACAAAAGUGAGCAGGAAAAGCUUGACUCUGAUUGGCUCGUGUGAAGCACAUUUCCGCUAUGUUUGAUUAAGUAAAUAUGCUCACAGCUGAUCACCGUGAUCGAACUGAAAUUUAUCACGAUCACUGAUCACGAUCAUAUAAUCGCCCAGUCCUAUGUGCCCCGAUACUUUUAGUUUUUUUACUUCCGAUAUGAUACCAAUAUUGUAGCCUUCAGUAUUGGCCGAUACCAACAUUGAUCUAAUAUUAGCACAAACUCGUGCAUGACAAGUUUUGCUCUAAACUGCAACAUCUUUUUCUGACUUUAAUGAAAAAUACUGCUGACAAAAUACUGCUGACAUCACUCUUACUUCUUGCUUUAGGGCGGCAGUAGCUCAGGAGGUAGAGCGGUCGUCCAAUAACCGGAAGGUUGGCGGUUCGAUUCCCCCCUAAUCCAAGUCUGUCCGUUGUGUCCUUGGGCAAGACACUUAACCCACCUUGCUCCCAGUGUGUGUCCUCCACUGGUGUAUGAUUGCGAGUGUUGUGUGGUGGUGGUCGGAGAGGCCGUAGGCGCAGAAUGGCAGCCACGUUUCCACCACCACCAAAGUGUGACUGUGUGAGCGAAUGAAUGAUGUAUCCAAUGUAAAGCGCUUUGAGGGUCUCUGAUAAAGCGCUAUAUGAAAUCUGAUGCAUUAUUAUUAUUAUUACUUUGUUCGUACCUUAGUACACACUGUUGUUGUGAUUACCUGGGCUCUGCGUGCUGGAUCACGGCGCUGCUAGAUAGAGGUGCUGGAGCGGAGUCUGGAAUGCACUGCUUGUAUCGGAGUGCUUAUACUGGAAAUUUUAGAUGCAGGCCGAUAUAUAUAUAUUUUUAAAUAUUUUUUAAAUAUUUUUUUCUGACACCAGACCGAUAUCUGAUACCCAAUAUCAAUAUCGAAUCAGGACAUCCCUAAACACAUAUAAAUAUUAUGUGAUCAUAGAGAAUAUUAACAGUGCUAUGCUCCUGAUUUACCGUAAAAUCCCUAAAAUUGGUCUCACUAGUAAUUAUGACUCAGUCAGUUUUUGGGGGUCUCCCAGAGAAAAACAGUUUCAACUGUCUGCAUGAAAAUUUCCAUUGUGUUCAGCAGAAGUCCACAGGAGCAGUUUUUGUGCAGCUUUCAGGCUCGGUACUACCAUCUGUUUUUGCCAUGUAGAGUUUGCACUCCUGUUGAGCUCAGCCUGCAGUAUAUCCAGUCAUUUCGAGGUAGAGACCCACUCUGCUCUGUCGGACCCUUUUUGUAUUGAAUGGAGGAGUCUUUUAAAUCAAAUGCAUGAUCACGGCUGAAGUGCCGCCCCCAGACGGGUCUGUGCGUGCUUUGUGCUGUGAAGACGUCACAUUUACUAACUCUUUAAUCUGGUCAGGUCACACGAGGCAAUCCCCUGGAUAAAAUACAAAUUUUGUAUUGAUUUAAAUUUAUUGGCACAAACCCUUACUUAAGUUAUUACUGUAUGUAACUUCUUCUCAGGAUUGUAACUCAUUCAUUCUUCCUCUCAUUUCCUACAGCGGACCUGUUAAGAGACUCGGCCCGUGACAGAGCCCAGCGAUGUGGAUCUGCAUGGUUUACAAUGAGACGGACAGCAGCUUGGACUUCCGGCUCUGCCAGGACUAUGGCCUCAUCCUGUCGAUCUUCUCUCUCAUCUACCUCCUGGUGUGCUUCCCUCUGGGGCUGUGCUACAAUGCUCUGCUGGUGGUGGUCAACCUCUCCAACAAGGUGUCCAUGACCAUGCCGGAUGUUUAUUUUGUCAACAUGGCCAUUGCAGGACUAGUGCUUAAUGUGGUGGCCCCCGUAGAGCUGCUGAGCUCCACCUUCACCCGCUGGCAUGCUUGGGAGUACAACAACGAGGUCUACAUCACUCUGCUCAUCCUCUUCAACAUCUCCUCUCUGGUCAUCAUGUAUUCCACCACGCUGCUCAGUCUAGACUACUACAUAGAGCGGGCGCUGCCGCGCACAUACAUGUCCAGCGUGUAUAACACCAAACAUGUGUGUGGGUUCAUCUGGGGCGGGGCCGUGCUCACCAGUUUCUCCUCGCUGCUUUUCUACGUGUGUAACCACAUCUCCACAAAGAUGGUGGAGUGCUCAAAGAUGCAGAAUAAGGAAGCGGCAGACGCCAUCAUGAUGUUCAUCGGCUAUGUGGUUCCAGCUGUGGCCGUGCUUUACGCUUUUGUGCUCAUUUUACGCAUCAGAAAGGAGUCCACACCACUUGACCAGGACUCUGCCCGCUUGGACCCUUCUAUUCACAGACUGCUGCUAGCCUCAGUCUGUGUGCAGUUUGUACUGUGGACCCCGUACUACAUGACCCUGCUCGUACACACUGUAGCCGGUGCGCCAGGGUAUAUUAGCAACGCACAUUACCUACCUACCUACUACUUCCUGAGAUGUGUUUCUAAACUGCUAGCUUUCUCCAGCAGCUUCGUGAUGCCUCUCAUGUACAGACAGAUGAACAAGAACUUCUCCAGCAAGCUUCAGCGGCUGCUCAGGAGGCUGCACUGCAGAGACCAGUCUUGCUCUCAUGAACGCUCAACAGUGCAGCAAGUAGUGACGUGAGAUCUGCUCAGAGGGGGGAUUGCAAACGCUCCUCCCAGGUCCUCCUUUUUUCAACCUCUUGGCGCAGCCAGCACUUAACCCCCCCCUCCCCUUUAUCAAGCCAGUACCCGAAUGGGCUCCCUCUGCGCUCUGGACUGUGUUAAAAGCGACGUAGCUGACUGUGGAAUUUCCUGUCACCUUCUAGAUCUUGAUCUGAUCUUUCCAGCUCUGCAGAGAGAGGACAAAUCAAGCAAAAAACCACUAAGUGCUGUUAUUUUUUUGUCCUACAGUGAAGCUCUCCACUAAGACUCUCUGGCCUCGAGUUUGAGUGUGGUCAAUUGGCACAAUCAGCUGAUAACUACCCAGCACAGUGUGUGUUUAGUUUUUACUUUUUCACACAGACGUUCAAAGAAAUAUCCUGGUUGCGCGGGACUCCUGAGCACCACAGCUUUGCAGCGGGCGCCGCCUCCCCUGAUGUGUUUUGAAUGUUCUGCUGACGGUGUGCAAGUUUGACUAAUGCUUGACUGCCUGCAUUUCAUUGUAGAACAUAAAUAUGCUGCUAGAUACAAUUUUAACCCAGAAAUCAGUGAUGAAUGAUGCAUGAUGUUUUCACCUAACAGACGUGAAGAACCAGCGAGCUUCAACCUUGAACGGUCCGCUGAAGCCAGGAUGUUUUGUCUCUUUAGAAGAUUCAAAGGCCCUGAUCACUUGAAUGAAAAGACAGCUCGACUUUUUGAAGCUAUAUGUCCUUUCGGGCUGAUUCCUUCGCUAUUAUCAUUAUUAAUAGUCUUCACAUUUUGAAGUUGGAGUGCUAUGUUUAAGGACUUCUACAGAAACUGUAGGCUCAUUUCAAAAGCUGUCUUGCUCUUAAUACCAGUACUGUCCUGUAGCUCGUGUACUGGAAAACAGAGAUGUUCUCAUUACACUUAUGUUGUUUUUAUCCUCUUACUAGCAAAAUAAGAGAUUAAUCUUGCAUACCUUAUAAGCUUGACUACAAAUAUCAUAAAUCACUUUGAUACACAUCAUCCACUCCGCAAACACAUGGAUUUCCUCUUUGAAGCUUGUUUUCAGGGUUCAGACAUAACCAGUAUACCUCUUGUGAUCUCAGAUGAAAUCACAUCAUCAGUUGGCCGUGAGCAAAACAGCUCAGUAGAAAUCAACCCAUUUAGUGUGAGCUAGGGAUGGGCGACAAAUUAUCAUUCACGAUAUAGCGUCAGAAAAUUCCUCCACGAUAAAUGUUUGCCAUCUCACGAUAAACGCAAUGAAUGCAAGUUGAUGUCGCAAGUGUGAGCGAUGGACUCGCAACUAGGGCUGGGCAAUAAACCAAAAAUUUACCGAUACUGAAAUUUACGACAAUAACUGACAUCAUUUUGCCCGUGUCAAUAUAUUAGGUGUCAAAAAAUGAAUAAAUAAAAGUUGGUUUUGGAUGUGUGUAGGUAGGCUAUAGUACCAUGUCCCUUUAAGAUGCUGUUGUACAUCAGAGACGUGACUCCACCCCAUCCAGUCCGUAACAAAGAGGGAAAGACAGGUGAAGAGAUCAAAAGUUGUAGCAUCUGGAGCAGCGGCUGAAGUAGACGAAGUUAAUGUGGAAGGGGGUGAGCAGCUUGUUGAGUAGUUAUCAUCCAUUUAUCAUUAUCAAGGUGAACUGGUCAAUAUAUUGUGAUAUUGAUUUGAGGCCAUAUUGCCCAGCCCUACUCGCAGCUGUAGCCCACACUGAUCAGAAUAACAAACAAACAUGGCUGAAGGUAAUGAAGAAGAGGUCUCAGAGCAGGUUGUUGCUAAGCAAGGCUCCACAUGAGGGAUUUCCUUUAAGAUUGGGGUUUAGACGAGUGCAGUCAGGUAUGCCUGACAUCGGACAGUGGAUCUGCACACUCUGUGCAAUAAGAGUUUUCAACAAAUGUUGAAAGUGUUUUGACAUUUCACUAGUUUUAUCCAUAACCUACCACUUAAACCUAUAGUAAAGUAUAUUAUUUGACUAUGCCAUCUGGAGUCCUCAAGACAAAAUGAGUCAGAAACAUAGAUAGGAAUUAUAUUUUUCUAUUGGGACUUUUAUCAUUAUCACCAGAAUGGCAAAACUUAUCGUGACAAAUUUUUAGCCCAUAUUGCCCAUCCCUAGUGUGAGCCUAGCUUGAGAUUUAUGAAGCAGUGCCUCUGCAGGAUUUCUGGAUAAAGAGCCUCACACAAGGUCAGUGAAGUCCCCACAGGGUCACAUGGAGGCCCUGAGGAGGUGGCAUGUGCAUUCUUUAAAUUGUACGAGCACUUUUGGAGUAGUAGGGAUGUUUUGUUCACGGAGAUAUGAAGCCUGACUGAAUAAUAAAUCAAAAAUCUUUCACACAGCCUAACAUUCAGGCCUGCAAACAGUGCAGUGGAUGCAGAGUUUAUAUUGCAGUGCUGCUCACUUCCAUUAAAGUAAUCCUUUCGUUAUAUGCAAAGGUGCUUUGCUUUCUUGCCUUCCUCUGCAUGAGGAAAAAAAAAGAGUUACAGUGAAAAAACAAAACAUUUAUAAACAGAAAAAUAAACUCUUGAUUUUGCAUGAGGUCUAUUUAAUCACUGCAUCAGUUCAGUUUAUAUUUGCUGUCUGAAGAAAAGGGCCAGUUUAUAAAUCAUUCUGUGAACAGAUAUAGCAGCGGGAUGGGGCAUUCACUUGAAGAAAAACUUAGGGUGCAUUUGUGUUUAUUUCACUCUGUUAACAAUAAAUGAUAGUAACUUAAACCCU